AUGUCGAAGCGACAGGUGAAAAAUGACAAUGAACAACGCUUUAUUGAAAAAUGUAUGAGACGAUUGGAAAAAAAUCAACAAAAACCAGCCGACAUGAAUGACAGGCCUAAUGAAUGGUAUGAUUUUUAUUCACGCACGGAUGAAGUACUUGUACCUUCAAAAUGGGUCCGUCGUUUAGAUGAAGCCAAUGCAGUAAAUCAUCAUUUACAAUAUCUACGAGAAAAAAUUGAAGAAGAUAUUCCAAGAGAAACUACGAAAGUUGACCGUGAAGCCUUGUAUUAUUCAUCUGCUUUGCAUAAAAUCCGACAAAAUGAAUUUUAUAAACGUCUCAAUGAUCAUCAGAUGAGAUGGCAUCCUGUCAUAUUGAUUAGCGAAGUCGUAUCAUCAUUGCCAAAACCUACAACCGAUCCAAUUGAGAUUGAAAAACAAUUGUAUAUGUCUUUAUUAAAUAAAAAAUAA